UUUACAUCAGGGUCCCCAUCAGAGUGUCCCCUUACAUCAGUGUCCCCAUCAGAGUGUCCCCUUACAUCAGGGUCCCCAUCAGAGUGUCCCCUUACAUCAGGGUCCCCAUCAGAGUGCCCCCUUAUAUUAGGGUUCCCAUCAGAGUGCUCCCUUACAUCAGAGUCCCCAUCAGAGUUUCUCCUUACAUCAGGGUCCCCAUCAGAGUGUCUCCUUACAUCAGGAUCCCUAUCAGAGUGUCUCCUUACAUCAGGGUCCCUAUCAGAGUGCCCCCUUACAUCAGGGUCCCUAUCAGAGUGUCCCCUUACAUCAGGGUCCCCAUUAGAGUGUCCUCUUACAUCAGGGUUCCCAACAGAGUGCCCCCUUAUAUCAGGGUCCACAUCAGAGUAUCCCCUUACAUCAGGGUUCCCAUCAGAGUGCCCCCUUACAUCAGGGUCCCCACCAGAGUGUCCCCUUAUAUCAGGU